CUUUGUCCUCGCUUCUAUUCUCGAGUCCUGGAAGACGUUCAUUGUUUUUGCCUUCUUAUUCUCACGCACCCACGCUGUUCUGCAAGCCACUAUAUUCAAUAUCGGCAUUGCUGAUAGUCACUCAUUUUUCUGAUACCAUUCACCACACAUUCUCUUCUGAUUCACUCUUUACCACGAAGUAACGCAGGCAACAGAACCUCCUGAACUUUCGGAAACUUCGAAGCAAAAACAAUCACAACUCUCUACAUGGCGCAGAGCGCAAUGAUGAAAGCAACAUUUUUCACGGCCGCAAUGGCCUCCACUGCCAUGGGCGCUCAAUUCGUCAUGUAUACGCCUGGCGGCGAUGACACGGCCGUUGAGCGCAUGGACUCGAUCAUCACUCCUGGAGGCAUCUCGGCUCACGUGCACCAAAUUUUUGGUGCGAACAAGAUGAGCCCCGAUAUGACUUACGAUUCCCUUCAAGACUCCGACUGCACGACUGUCUCCAACGCUGCCGGGGAUGGCAACGCUGCGGACAAGAGUGUCUACUGGCAUCCAGCACUUUUCGCCGAGGCCAGCGACGGCUCGGGCUAUAUCCGUAUCCCAACCUCAGGCCACAAGCUUUACUACAGAGAUGUCGGCAAUGAUGCCGAUAAGAAGGCCGAUCCAUUCGAGUUCCCGAAAGGCUUCCGCAUGGUGGCUGGUGAUCAGACCUUGCGCGCAGCCAACUCCGACACUCAGCACCAGACCAUCACGGAAUGGAUCUGCCACGGCAGCGGUUCUCAGAACAAGGGCGAGAACGGCGGUUUCCCGACUGGCGUCAGCGAUUGCGACGCCUACCCUGGCUUCAACGGCGCCAUUCACUUUCCACACUGCUGGAACGGCGAAGAUUUCGACCAAAACAAGCCAAGCGCACAUGUCAGCUACCCAGAGGGCGAUGUUCAGGCUGGCCCAUGUCCAAGCUCGCACCCAAUCCGCGUCCCACAUAUCUUCAUUGAGAACCAAUUCGACUUGCACAAGGUCAAGGACCAGGUCAAGCCGGACUCGUUUGUCCUGGCUCAGGGUGAUCCGACUGGAUAUGGCUGGCACGCAGAUUUCUUCAAUGGCUGGGAAUCCGGCGCUAUCCCCGAGCUGAUGAAGUCCUGCCCAGCACCCUACUAUGGAAACGCGGAUAUCGGAACAUGCCCAUCAUUCAAGAAGUUCAGCACCAAGAGCAGCGACUGCAAGCUCAAGACCACUUUCGACGAAGAUGUCAGCGGCCCAACAAAGUUCCUCCCCGGCUGCAACCCAAUCAGCUCCACAAGCCCGGCUCCAAAGAUGUCCAUCGCUGCUCUUGGCGUGUGCACCGAUACAUGCUCCGCCGCCAGCGGAAGCUCUGGCUCUGGUUCAAACUCUUCGCCACCAACUUAUGAAUCCAGCUCCAGCUCUGAAUCUGAGGCUAAGCCAUCAACGACUAUGGCCACAUACUAUGGCGCGAGCAGCACUUCCGCUGUCGAUUCCGCUUCCGCUACUGGCUACGGCGCAGCAUCUUAUGGAAACUAUGGCUCAUACAACGAGGAUGUCGAGAAUGCUGUGAAAAACAUUGUCUACGAGACAGCUUAUGUCACCGUCACUGCCGAUUACCAGAAGCGCGAAGCAGCUCCAACUGCUGAUGCCGCCUUCCACAAUCACGCCAUGCGACACAUUCACAGACACAAGCGUGGCCAUUAGACGAAAGGCACGCAAAGCCAGCCAUUCUCUUCUUUUGCUCGGCAUGUGUCGGAGCCUUUUGUUCUCAGGUGGGAGGAAGUGACAGGGGAACUCUUUCACAGUAUAUACCCCAUGUUUGGAACCAGAUCUCUUGCAGAAGCAGGAUUCGUGACGGUCUAGAUCUUGACGAUGACGAGACCCGAAGAAAGAUCUGUACAUAUUUUUUGCACAAAUGACGAUUGAACGAUAGAAAGAAAAUUUUUGGGUUUGCUUGCAG